UACACCGCCGGAAGUUGUUGUUGGCAAACAACAGCAGUAAUUUUAUUCAGCUGAAUACACGUCAUUGAUUGGUUGAAAUUACCGAAAUACGACAACUUUAACACGAAAUAACUUCGAAACUAGAAACCUUUCUCAACAACGUUAAGAGUAAAAGAUGUUCUAUAUGACACAUUUUACCAGUAUCCGAAGUUUCAAAGUGUUUAGUUAAAGAAAAUUAAUUAAUCGAGCUGCCCAUCAAAAGGACAAGAUCCAUCAUAUCCUUUUUGUUUCAAGACUUACAUUGUCUUUUGUGUUUGCUCUUUUUUUCCUAAAGACAUCUGCAUGUGGUAUGAGAGAGAUUUGAGUGCUGUUUUUAACAGGUUAAACGACUCCAUUGAAGCUCUUUAAGUCAUGUAUUCAGAUGAAACCGGAAGAUAUAAUAACGUAGCGUUCCAAGGGAUAUCACUCUUGUUUCUAACAUUGCGCCGCCUAGCGGAUCAAUCAGGUAAGACGUUGUUUUGAACGAAUCUAAUUUCAUAUUGAAUAACUUUGUGAAUAUGAAGAUUUUACGAGAAAAAAAAGUUAAAAAAAUUUUAGCAUUUUAUAAGAAUUAUUUUCACUUCCGAACACCAUACCAAGUUUUAAUUGAUGGGACAUUUUGUUUAGCUGCACUUAACUCUCAUCUUGAUAUAAAUGAUGUCCUCUCUAAAUAUUUGCAAAGUGAAAUCCGGCUUUUUACCACCUCGUGUGCAAUUGCAGAGGCACAUAGUUUAGAAAAAUUGUUUCCAGGUCUUUUACCUCAACUGUGCAGUUGUCAAGUAUGUUCAUGUGGGCACAAAAAGAAAGCAGUAUCAGUAGUUGAGUGUUUCAAGAGUAUGGUCAAUAAUAAUAAUAAUAACCAUUAUAUUUUAUGCACACAGGACAAGAAAAUUCAGAAGGUUCUUCGAAAAACUCCUGGUGUUCCCAUCAUUUUCAUUGAUAGAACUGUCUGUAUUGAGCAACCAAGCAAAGUUUCUCAGCAAAUAGCAACAGAUGGUUUUGAUGGAGAAGUGGAGGAAUUAAAUUAUGAAGACAAAGUAUUAAAUCAGUUAAAAGAAAGGAUUUUGGUUAAAAAACCUCGUGUUGAUUUUAAGAAGCAAAAAUCAAAGAAGGGAGCUAAUCCAUUGUCAUGCAAGAAAAAGAAAGUUGUAAAUGUUGUUCCUAGCAAAGACAAUGGCAUCAAAAAAUCUCGCAAAAGAAGAAAAAAAUAUAAGGUUUCUUCUCAUAUUAAAGAACUUUUGAAAAAUAUUCAGCAAUGAAAUAGGUUCAUCUCAAUUUCAUUAAAAAUUUAUACUCUU